CAUUUGCUCUGUUGCAGGUGGCUCGCCCCGUAGGAGACCUGCUCACGUGGCUCGGACCAGAGCUAAACCCAUUCCCACACAGGGAACAGGACGCAGCAUCCAGUGCGGCCUGCCUCGCGAAAAUCUUCGACGCGUCCGAGAGGAUAGCAGCGAACUUGUCCAACGCACCGGCAUCUGCUCAGCCGGAUCCGCCUCCCGCCGUCGUAGAGGUAACUCCCGAUCUGUACGCCAACUUCGCCGACGCUGACUCGUCCACGCCGGUCGAGCGGUCGAGCUUUGCACGCGCUCCGCCGGCCGUCGCAGUGGUGGCGGCGCGGGGACCGGCACCCGGCGAUGCUGGCGGGCGAUUCGAG